ACGAUCCGAUUGCUUUUUGUUUGAUUUUCUCUGAUUUAAACAAACAAAAUGAACCAAAUUCAGUUUUCAUUCCAUUCAUAUUUGAUGUGCACACAGAAAUAAAAAGCAUAGCUUGGAUCUACUAAGUCAUCAAAAACAGAUGAAAAGAUUCGGACAUCACCUUAAACUAUUGUUCAGUGAUAAGAAACCAUCAUAAUCUCAGACAAAACAACUCUGCAGAGGUUUCUGUCAGGGGACUAAGGUUGUUUCUCCAAACCAAGAUGAUUUUGCUAUGAUUUCAUCAAGGAUUAAACUCAGAGAUGGGAAGCACCUGGCUUAUCUUGAGAGAGGGGUUUCUAAGGAUGUGGCAAAGUACAAUAUCAUCAUUGUCCAUGGUUUUGGAAGCUCCAAAGAGAUGAACUUUCUCGCACCCCAAGUGAGAGAGUUAAGCAUAGAAUUCGCUCGAGUUGGCGGAGUGGAGAUUCCGAACAACAAGAGAAUUGAGUUCUCGCUGCAGUACAUCCAUGGAAUCGGAAGGAGCAGAGCUCGCAAGAUUCUCUGCAAUAUAAGCAUGGACAACAAGGUCACUAAGGAUCUCAGCGAAGAGGAUCUCAUCACUCUUAGAGAUGAAGUCUCCAAAUACGUCAUUGAAGGCGAUUUGAGGAGGUUUAAUGCGCUGAAUAUAAGGAGAUUGAAGGAGAUUCAAUGUUACAGAGGAUAGGUAGAUAGGUACGUUUGCUGAAGAAGGCAAAC